CUAGCUAUUAUCUGAUCUAUAUCAUCAAUUCGAUCAAGAACCUAGCUAUUAUCUGAUCUAUACAUCUGCAGGGCACCAAUAUAAUUCAAAUAAUCGAUCAUUGCAUCUCAUGGAUCCGGAGGUUCCGGCGGCCAAUAAUCUCCCUCCGGCGGUGGCGAAUUUACCUCCGGGGUGGCGUUUCCGCCCAAGCGACGAGCAGCUUUUGGACAUGCUGACAAAGAAAAGACUGCAGCAGGAAGUUGACCACCGAAUUCCAGAAGUGCGGGAUUUCUACCUCCAAACUCCGGAAGAACUCACCGCAGGAUAUGCUGAUAUGCUCGGGCUGGGAGAGGACGAAUGGUACUUUUUCACUCCAUGGGCUUAUGAGGAGGAGAACCCCCCGCUCCUUGCAGAUGAGUUUUGGAAGCAAAGAGGGAACACCAAAACCGUCCGAGUCCGAGCUGGGUCAACUUAUUAUGGCUUCAAGAAGACCCUGGUGCUCAUCAGGAAUGGGAUCAAGACGGCGUGGAGGCUGGACGAAUACAACGCCGCCCCUCCCCUCGCCGCAGCAGCUGUACCGCCGAAUGAUCAGGAAUGGUACCUGUGUAGGGUGUACAACAAACGGGCCGGGCCUCUGCAAGCUUCAUAUAAUUAGCUAGCUAACAUACCCAUACGCACUUAGUUGGAGGAAGGAAUACAUGCCGCAACUUAAUGUGAUGAUGAAAAGCAUGCAUGGAUCCGAUCGAGUUUUAAUUUUGUAUUGUUUACUUACUUUGAUCUAUCACUAGACAUUUUUUUUUUGUUGGCAAUCUUCAGCAUGAAACACCGUACAGUACCACUAGUUCGUUAUUAAUGAAGUCUAUACGAUACAUUUGCG